AGCCGCAGAACGAGUCAAGCUCAUGGACGCUCGAGCUCUCUUGCGAUGUUUGCGCUUUGCCUCUUCACUUGUUGCUGUUGGGAUCCUGUCAGCGUCUGACAGACGCCCAGGCAGGCUUCUCAGAGAGGUGGAUCUCCACCAUCAUGUGGGCGAAUCGUGGCCGUGGCAGACGUGGGUGGUAGCGUGUUUGGUGGCUCUGAUUUGCGGCUGCGGGCAGUUGUGCCUUUGCUACGUCUGUACAAAAGCUGGCUGCGAGCGGGGUGACCUUCAGUGUGGACGGGGGUGCUUGUACACGCCCGUCUCUCAGCAGGAGUUCGCAAAGCAUGAGUUCAGGCCAGAUCACGACAAGAUCGGCUUCGUCUUGCGUCAGGAAAUGAGGCUGAUGCUGCUCUACCCCUUGAUUUCGAUACUGGCUAUUGGGGAUAGCAGCUGUGAAAAAGGAUCACCUAUUUGGGCCUAUGCUCUGUACGUUCCUUUGCUGCUCCGAGCCAAGUGGAUAGAGGCCAAGAUCCUCCGAGCUUUGAAUGAGGACUGGAGCCAGAUCUUUCUGAGCCCGGGAUUUUGGCUGGGCGCCUUGGAGCACGCGGAUUGGUUCACGGACGGGGCGCUGCCGGUCCAGGCGUACCUCUGCGGGGCCGGCGUCACGGAACGCUUCGCCGAGAGCUUCGAGCUGUCCUGGGCCUGGCCGCUGGCGCCUGUGAUCCGCACGCUGCACUUCUGGGGCUUGCUGACCGCGGUGCUGAGCUUCGCGGCUUUGACCCAGCAGCUGCUGGGAAGCGCAGACCAUGGCGAGCAUCACGACUUGGCUGCUGACGUGCCCGGCUUUGGAGCCGUGGCUAUCUGGUACGAGGAGCAGGACCUCGCCUGGAAGCAUGUGGCAGAGGAGGAAGCUUGCCUGAGCGAGCGAGCGCUGCUCACCUCAAUCUCCAAGGUAUUCUUGGAGAACGUGGUGCAGCUCUGGCUGCAGGCAUCCUUCUUUGCGCUGAUCUUCCAGCGGCUGCACCACGCGGGCAAGGUGAAGCUCCUGCUGUCCAUGGGGCUGGGCCUCUUGAGCUGCGUGUUCAAGACGGUGCCCAUGGCCGUGGGCCUCAUCCGAGCCUUGGGCAAGGGCAGCGUGCGCCUGGAGGUUGGGAUCAUGGUGCUUUGCUUCCAGGGGGUGGCGAUUUUGGGCGUGGCCUGGACCGCGGCCAAGCUCUACUGGUCCUUCCACUGCGCCUCCCACCUCUGGAAUCUCACCUCUGGCUGCGUCCCCCCCGAGGCUUUCGACGUCAUUGGGCCAUAGAGCGCCAUAGAGCGACUUCGGCGAUCGCCGGUGAACCCGGUUCGUGCUAGGGGCCGAGGCAAGCUCUUGCUCCAAGGCCUUUCUGAAAGCAGGAGCCACAGGGCGCAAGAAAGCCAAUGUUUUUGUUUCACCGCGGAGAAUCCCUUCGAACCAGAGGCCCAAAUCUGGAUGGGCGUGCUUGGCUC